ACGGCGUCCGUCGAAUCCCUUAAACGGUUUUUUUUCGGUUGCCUGUCUAUAAUAACCCAAAUUAAUCCUCUCGAUAUCCGUUCUCUUCCCGUGUGUUCGGCCGAUGGAUGAUGGGUUUUAGUCUCAGACUCUUUCAGCUCCUCCUCCGCUUGAAGAACUUGGCAGGAAUAAUCUACCCUUCUGUACCUAGGACUCGGGAGAGAGAGAGACUACGGACUAGGGCUCUCUUGACUCCUGGUAAAUAAACAAGAUUAUUAUUCAGUGGAUGAUCCCUCUGCCAUCCGCUAGUUCUCCUUUCCCACCUAUCUUCCGAGACCCUUCGCUUUUUCCUGUCUUGGUUGGUCCCUUUGCCAUCAAUUUAGAUUUCCGAGUUCCAACGGCUGUGGGAUCGUCUGGCCAAUUAGUCCCUGACCAGGACGAUGGAUCUGUCAAACGGCGAACGAACGAACCCCAAGCCUCGAACGGCAGGUAUCGACCUAGGUAAUAUCGCUAGCCAGACACUAACUUGGAUCCGGGGUCUUUUUUAGCAACCGUUCGCCUCGUCCACUGUUCUGCAUCUGAUGGCUGCGUGCGCGGCCUUAUCUAUCAUCCAUCCUCUGUACUCUGUGUGUAAUUGAAGGUGGGGGGGGGAGGAGAUUAUUAGAAGGAAAGAAACUGGUGGCGCAAUAUAAAUAUUAAACUAUAUUGUAUCUCAUCUGCAGAACUCUUUCUUCCCUCUCGAUCUGUGUCUUUUUUUUUUUUAAAGGCUUAAGCUUAGGUUGCUUGCUUACUCCGUACUACUUGUUCUAACUAACUGGAAA